GUUUUUUUUAAUUUUCGCUCUUCUUUCACAACAAAACCUCAAUUCUUUCAAUUUAGCUAUUAAAUAAUCUCGACCAUUUUUAUCCUUCUUCUUUUUUUUCAAAGCCCAAAUUUCACUACACUAUUCCUAUUGAGUUAUUAUUACCGAAAAUGAUGGCCGUGCCAAAGGACAAGGCCGCUAAGGAGAAGAACGGCAUUGACGCGCGUCCGAAAUUAACAUUCGAGGAGCAAAAACUGCUGGACUCGGUCAAAUAUGCCGACGAAAUCCACUACUCUGAACGGUACUCGGACGACGACCACGAGUACCGCCAUGUGUCGAUCCCCGAGGGGUUGAGGAAGUACCUGCCGCAUCCGCCACGCUUGAUGAAUGAUAACGAAUGGCGCAGCCUAGGCGUACACCAGUCGUAUGGCUGGUUGCAUUAUAUGAUCCAUGAGCCUGAGCCACACAUGCUUUUGUUCAGGAGAGAUAAGAAUUAAAAUGGACGCAAUUCCUGAGUUACUUUGGCUUUUGUCGUGAUGAUCUUUUUUCUCUCUGGUUAAUUCUCUUUUACUUCUCUUUCACAUCUCUCUUCGGUCCGUUUCAAAGCUCCUUUUCUUUUGUAAUAAUUUUUUUAUGAACA